AUGUUGCUCCUAUCUAUCCUGGGAAGUCUUGUGGUUUUAGUGAUCGCGCAGGAGAGCAUACAGAAUCCGCUAGAGAGCUUUUGUCGACGUUAUCAGCACCAGACCUGCGUCAUCGACUCAAAGCUCUAUGUGGACGGAGGACUUGCAUACUAUGGCAAGAGCGUCGCCGCCAGUAGCCACCCUGAGAGGAACACAUGGUUGCUGUGGAAUGACCUGAGCAGUCUGUCUUCUGGUUUGCCUCCUCAGUACAAAAAUCUCACCAAGGGCCCCGAUAUUCCCACCGUUAGUGGAGGCGUACUAUGGCCUGAUCGCGUCAACAAGCUCUUCUAUCUGUUUGGCGGCGCAUAUGAUCUCGGUAGCCAAGUAAAAGAUUUUACUAACCUGUGGUUCUUUGACACCAUUUACAACACCUGGAACAAGACUGAGUAUGACGGAUCUCAAGCGGAUGUGGCUUACCCGUACUUCGGUGCUUCAACAGUCACUGAUGAGGGUAUAGCCUACUACUACGGCGGGUAUCUGAGCAAAAGCUCUGUUCUGAAUUGGCAGGGAGACAAAAUGAUGCUUCGUGGUCUUCUUUCAUACGACAUGAACAAAAAUCUAUGGAAGAACAGAACCUACGACCCGAUCCGGCGUGCGGAAGGCUCCCUUCAAUAUCUACCGGCAUCAGACAGAGGUAUGCUAGUGUACAUAGGAGGACUCGAGACAUCGAUUUCAGGGGUCGUGAAUUACCAAAUCCAGCUUUUUGAUCUGUCAAUCAACAAAUGGUACACACAGACUGCCACUGGUAACGUACCACAAGCAAGGCGCAGCUUUUGCUCUGGUGUUGUAUGGGCCGAGGAUUACUCGUCUUACAGCAUAUAUAUCUACGGAGGUAUCGGCUCGAAGGACACAGCUCUCGGAGACCUGCAUGUUCUCUCAAUACCCUCAUUUACGUGGUCAUCACUGUAUCCGGACCCCCAGGUGAAAGACUUCCCUGGAGGCAAAGCCUGGUCUUCUUGCAACGUUAUCCAGAACUCACAAAUGAUUGUGAUGGGUGGAGAUUGGACCAACCCAUCGAAGAUCGCAUGCGAUGUGCCUGACGGUUGGGGUCAGCAUGGAGUAUUGCUUGGACAAGAAGGCUUUGAGCUACCGGGGAACAACAAGUGGUGGUCUGGACUAAAGUCGAACAUUUCGACGUACAAUGUGCCUGGAAACAUUGUAUCCGUAAUAGGUGGUGGCCCUGAAGGAAAAGCUACGGCUACGGCCCCUGCGGCAGGCUGGCAGACAAGUGACCUAGCCAAUUAUUUUAGAACUACGUAUGCUGCUAACCAGCGGUCUGCGACACGAUUGGUACCUGGAUCAUCAAGUUCGACAUCGACGGCUCAAUCGAACCCUACAGACCCGCCAUCAAAGACCAGUGUUGGCGCUAUAGCUGGAGGCGUCGUUGGCGGCGUGGUCGGGCUGGUGUGCGUCAUUGCCCUAGCAUGGUGUUGUCUUCGCCAUCGACAUCGCCAGACACCUGGCUCUCAGACGACUCCACAUGUGUCUUCAGACGCUCGAGGACUGCAGCAAGACUCGGCGGCAGCGGCGAACGAGAAAUAUAUCGCCACUCCAACGACCGCUUCCUACCCCAGCACGUUUCCUUCUCCGCAUCCGCAUAUGCCUACAUACUCUCCACAGGUCUCGCCUCCUCCUCCAUCGUGGUCCGAACUUCACACUCCCAGCACACAUUAUGAGGGCUCGCCUCCAAUGCCUCAACAGGCUUGGGCCUCUUACGACAUGCCCGUCCAGUAUGUCAACCAGCAGCAAUACUACCCACCACCUACAGAACUUUCACAAACACCCAGCAAGCAUGCGCACAUGGCUAGUGCUGAGCUGCCCAGCAUCAGGAGUCCUGCGAAUGAGGUGGCGGAGAUGCCAGAAAUAAGGAGUCCUGUACCGAAGCGUGGACUGUGA